UGUGGACAUGCCGGUCCGCAUGAACGUGCGUUGACGGUAUCACCGGUUUAGCUCUGUCGGCAAUAAUUUGGACAGUUUCGCUUGGCGUUCAUUUCCUUCGCCCUGGCUAUCUAGUUUGCUUUCCAGUCCACGUGUGCGAUGGGAGGCUUGUUGCUUUGUCUGGAGGUUUUCAGUCACGCGUAUCAGCUAGGAUUGAUUGGUUAUCAGCGGCUCACGUGCUACCUGCGAUAGGCACGUGGCGCCACGGUGUUUAAACUCGCAUCGGGACUCGUCGGUCUGUCACCCGGUGCAGUGUCUAGGUGCGAUCGCCGACCAACAUACGGCUAUGGGUCCUGACCGCAUCUCGCAGAAGUGCCUGGCAGCAACGGCACUUCUUUUGAUGCACUGUCCCCUACUGCGUGCACUUCACCUGACAGAAGGUUACUGCAGCGCGUUCCCUCUCGUCGUGAACACCUGGGGAUUCUCCAACGCUACACUGCGAGCAUGGGAAGUGCUUACUGUCGAGAAUGGGACAGCGCUGGAUGCGGUGGAGCAGGGCUGCUCGCAAUGUGAGAGGGAUCAGUGUGAUGGCACAGUCGGGUACGGUGGCAGUCCAGACGAAGGCGGCGAGACGACCUUGGAUGCGCUGAUCAUUGACGGCCCCAGCUACUCCAUGGGGGCUGUGGGCGACCUGCGCCGAGUGAAGCAUGCCAUCUCCGUGGCACGGGCAGUCAUGGAGCGCUCCACUCACACGUUCCUCGUUGGCGAGAAAGCCACCCAGUUUGCAAUCGAGAUGGGCUUCCAAGAAGAGUCACUGGCCACGAACCACUCCAAGCAGAUGUGGGCUGAAUGGAAGGCCAAUGACUGCCAGCCAAAUUACCGCCAGAACGUGGUUCCGGACCCACGGACAAGUUGUGGUCCGUACCGGCCAACGAAACAGCUGUCUGCAGACAGGCAUGCCUGCCCAUCUGCAGCGAGUGAGCUCAACCACGACACUAUUGGCAUGGUUGUGAUCGAUGGGAACAAGAGGCUGGCAGCGGGCACCUCCACAAAUGGCAUGAACCACAAGAUCCCAGGCCGUAUCGGGGACUCGCCCAUCCCUGGCGCAGGCGCCUACGCUGACCAGGAAGUGGGCGGGGCUGCAGCCACUGGCGACGGCGACGUCCUCAUGCGCUACUUGCCAAGCUUCCAUGCAGUGGAGAGCAUGCGUCGUGGUGUGGACCCUCGGAGUGCGAGCGUCGCUGCCCUCCAUCUCAUUGUACGGCACCAUCCGCAAUUUGUCGGUGCCCUGGUGGCGGUCAGCAUCGACGGGACUUAUGGUGCAGCUUGCCAUGGCAUUCCAUCAUUCCCUUACUCCGUGGCCAAGCCAGAGUACGGCACUGCUGUGGUGGAACAUGUCAAGUGCACCAACUGAGC